CCUGUCUGCGCAGGCGCUAACCAGGAACGGAUGGUUUCGGGUAGCUAGUUGGUUAAGAAAGCUGGGAGAAGAAAGGAGACGGGAAGGGAGGGACAGUGAAGGAGAGGGGGAAGAAAGGAAGUGAAAAGACCUUGGCUGUUGGACUCUCAGAUCUGGAAUAGGCUGUAUAGAUGAUCUCUUUGUUUAUAAUCUCUAAUUGCCGAGGAACCCGAAGUUCAGAGUUAACCAGUGACUGACUCAGGACAUGCAGAAUGGCAAGACCCGAGGUAGAAGAGCUCACCUUUCCUGACUCUCAGUUUCCUGUUCCCUGAAAAUGUCAGCUAGGGCAGCCCUGGUGAGUCCGGGAGAAAAAGGAGGCGUAGCCCUCCGCGUUCAGGAGGUCCAGGGCCCAGGAGAGAGAAAAUGGGGGACAAGGACGAGGGGGAAAAGUGGAGAAGAGAAACCGAAAUAGGGUGUGUCCCAAGUAAAUGUACGUCGAGCCCGCCAAGCACAUUCUCCCCUAGGGACACUUGCGCCUGCUGUUCGCCUUUCCUGGAAUGCUCACUCAGGUGUCUGCACCAGCUCAAGUCUCUGCUCAAAAGUGACCUCUUCGGAUAAAACUUCUCUGACCAUCGUAUCCAAGAUUCCUUAUAUUACAUGGCAGGAGGGGGAUAAACGGGGAUACAGGAGACAACAAUAAAUUAAUCAAGAGCUUUCCUCAUAUCUCAGAACCUAUCCUCAGUAAGAAUGGCAGAUAAGGUUGACUGGUUACAAAGCCAAAAUGGAGUAUGCAAAGUUGAUGUCUAUUCUCCUGGAGACAACCAAGCCCAGGACUGGAAAAUGGACACCUCCACGGAUCCUGUCAGAGUGCUCAGCUGGCUCCGCAGAGACCUGGAGAAAAGUACAGCAGAGUUCCAAGAUGUUAGGUUCAAACCCGGAGAAUCAUUUGGUGGGGAAACGUCCAACUCAGGAGACCCACACAAAGGUUUCUCUGUAGACUAUUACAACACCACCAAGGGCACUCCGGAAAGAUUGCAUUUUGAGAUGACUCACAAAGAGAAUCCUUGCCAGGGCCCCAGGGCCCAACUUGGCAAUGGGAGUUCAGUAGAUGAAGUUUCCUUCUAUGCUAACCGCCUCACGAAUCUAGUCAUAGCCAUGGCCCGCAAAGAGAUCAAUGAGAAGAUCGAUGGCUCUGAAAACAAAUGUGUCCAUCAGUCAUUGUACAUGGGGAAUGAACCCCCACCCACCAAAAGCCUCAGUAAGAUAGCAUCAGAGCUUGUGAAUGAGACCGUCUCUGCCUGUUCCAGGAAUGCUGCCCCAGACAAGGCUCCUGGCUCUGGAGACAGAGCCUCAGGAUCAUCACAAAGUCCCCCAAAUUUGAAAUACAAGUCCACUUUGAAGAUCGAGGAGCGCGCCAAAGAAAGACAGGGUCCAGAGGACAAGCCUGCUUCUAAGAAGUCUUUCUUCUAUAAGGAAGUGUUUGAAUCUCGUAAUGGAGAUUAUGCCAGAGAGAGUGGAAGGUUCUUUCCUCGGGAGAGAAAGAGGUUUCGAGGGCAGGAAAGGCCUGAUGACUUUACAGCUUCUGUUAGUGAAGGGAUCAUGACCUAUGCUAACAGUGUGGUAUCUGAUAUGAUGGUCUCCAUCAUGAAGACACUGAAGAUCCAAGUGAAAGACACAACCCUUGCCACCAUCCUACUGAAGAAGGUUCUGCUCAAGCAUGCAAAAGAUGUGGUCUCGGAUCUCAUCGACUCCUUCAUGAGGAACCUCCACAGCAUCACAGGGACCCUCAUGACUGACACACAGUUUGUCUCGGCUGUGAAAAGAACUGUCUUCACUCACGGAAGCCAAAAGGCCGCAGAUAUCAUGGAUGCCAUGCUAAGGAAGCUGUACAAUGUCAUGUUUGUCAAGAAAGUCCCUGAGCAUGUCAGGAAAGCCCAAGACACGGCUGAGAGUUAUUCCCUCAUCUCCAUGAAAGGAAUGGGUGAUCCUAAACACCGAAAUGUGAACUUUGCCAUGAAAUCUGAAACUAAAUUGAGAGAACAAAUGUAUUCUGAACCCAAAUCAGAGGAGGAGACUUGCGCCAAAACUCUGGGUGAACACAUUAUCAAAGAGGGGCUGACCUUGUGGCAUAAAAGUCAACAGAAAGAAUGUAAAUCUCUAGGUUUCCAGCAUGCAGCAUGUGAAGCUCCCAACACACAGUGUAAGCCUUCACCAGACAUUUCCUUUGAGUACCCUGAAGAUAUUUGCAACCUCAGCCCUCCUCCAUAUCCCCCAGAGAAACCUGAGAAUUUUAUAUGUGAUUCAGACUCCUGGGCCAAGGACCUGAUCGUAUCUGCCCUACUUCUGAUUCAAUAUCACCUGGCCCAGGGAGGAAGAAGGGAUGCACAGAGCUUCCUUGAAGCUGCUGGCACCACCAACUUUCCUGCCAAUGAGCCUCCUGUAGUUCCUGAUGAAUCCUGCCUGAAGUCUGCUCCCAUUGUAGGUGACCAAGAACAAGCAGAAAAGAAGGACCUAAGGAGUGUUUUCUUCAAUUUCAUCCGGAACUUACUUAGUGAGACCAUUUUCAAGCGUGACCAAAGCUCUGAACCCAAGGUGCCGGAACAGCCAGUUAAGGAAGAUAGGAAGUUGUGUGACAGACCUUUAGCCCCAUCUCCCCCUAAACUAUGUGAAGAUGAUGAGACCCCUGGUGCCCUUUCUGGGCUGACCAAGAUGGUUGUCAGCCAGAUAGAUGGCCACAUGAGUGGGCAGAUGGUAGAACAUCUGAUGAACUCAGUGAUGAAGCUGUGUGUCAUCAUUGCUAAGUCCUGUGAUUCUUCUUUGGCAGAGCUGGGAGAUGACAAGUUGGGAGAUGACAAGUCUGGAGAUGCCAGUAGGCUAACUUCGGCCUUCCCAGAUAGUUUAUAUGAGUGUUUGCCAGUCAAGGGCACAGGGUCAGCAGAAGCUCUCCUGCAGAAUGCCUAUCAAGCUAUCCAUAAUGAAAUGAGAGGUAUAUCAGGUCAGCCUCCUGAAGGGUGUGCAGCACCCAAGGUGAUUGUCAGCAAUCACAACCUAACGGAUACAGUUCAGAACAAGCAACUCCAAGCCGUCCUUCAAUGGGUAGCUGCCUCUGAGCUCAAUGUCCCUAUUUUGUACUUUGCUGGUGAUGAUGAAGGGAUCCAGGAGAAGCUACUUCAGCUCUCAGCUGCUGCUGUGGACAAAGGAUGCAGCGUGGGCGAGGUUCUGCAGUCGGUGCUGCGCUAUGAGAAGGAGCGCCAGCUGAAUGAGGCGGUGGGGAAUGUCACACCCCUGCAGCUGCUGGACUGGCUGAUGGUGAACCUGUGAUCGGCAACCCCACUGCUUUCCCCUCUUCCGGCAGUGGGCCCGGCCCUUAUCCCCGCCCUUCUUUCUCACUUCCACAUCUCCCCCUCUAUAUCCUCACAGAGCCCUAACAUUAUCUUCAUACCACUCUCAUCAAAGUCAUGUCACCUUAUGCUAGUCACUGAAUUUUGCAGAUUUUCCUGUCCAUGCGAGCAAGGACAUAAAAUUAAAAAAUUACAAUUAAAGGG